AUGGACCAAUCAGAGCCCAAGAAAGCAACCAAUCCUGAAAUGGAUCCAAAAUGGGCCAAUCCAGGUCUAAGGGAGGAAAGGAUUUCAAGAGUUUGUUGUCGCACUAUUUUAGGAACGGCGAGGCAGUACGACACAGACUCUCUCAUGGGUUGUCCAAGAGAGCAAGUUUUAUUAUUCCAGUUCUUCUUUUAUAGACAGGGCCGAGUGCGUCAGCGCCCUGGAGGGGCACUUGAUUCCAGUCCAGCUCAGAAACGGAGCAGGCUGCUGCCCUCCAGAGCUGCUGGAACCUUGCAGACAGAGCAAAUUGACCGCGAGGAAAGUGCUUCACCUGCUUUAGAGCCUGAUAAGAACAGAAACUGCUUCUGGAGGCUUGGAGGUCAUUUGAACGCGUGCUUUUGCCAGUUCCUAGGCCCUUUCCUGGGGAGGAAGGGAACCUUGGGCUUGAGGAACCACCUGGUCCGCACCAUCUACACCAUCGAUGGCAGCAAGAAGAUCACCAGCCUGGACGAGCUGGUGGAAGGUGAAAGCUAUGUGUGUGCAUCCAAUGAACCAUACCGCAAAGUUGAUUACACCAAGAAUGUCAACCCCAACUGGUGUGUGAACAUAAGGACUGGCUCCAGUCGGUCCUUGACGUCUUUGACAUCCACGAGGAGUGAAGUGAAGGAGAGUAAAGAUUUCAUUAAACCUAAAUUGGUGACUGUUAUUAGGAGUGGGGUAAAGCCACGGAAAGCUGUGAGAAUUCUGCUGAACAAGAAGACUGCUCACUCCUUCGAUCAGGUCUUGAAUGACAUCACCGAAGCCAUUAAGUUAGACUCGGGUGUAGUCAAGAGACUUUGUACACUGGAUGGGAAACAGGUAACGUGCUUGCAGGACUUCUUUGGAGAUGACGACGUCUUCAUCGCGUGUGGGCCGGAGAAGUACCGGUAUGCUCAGGAUGACUUCGUGUUGGAUCACAGUGAAUGUCGUGUUAUGAAGUCUUACUCCCGCUCCUCGGCCGUGAGACACGCUGCAUCCAAAAGUCCAGGACCUUCACGUCGGAGCAAAUCCCCUGCCUCAGUAAAGAGGAGUGGCCACUCCAGUGCUCAUUCUUCAGCAAAAUCCCCAGUUAAUGGAACCCCAAGCAGUCAGUUAUCCACUCCAAAAUCUACAAAGUCCUCCAGUUCUUCACCAACAAGUCCAGGCAGCUUUCGUGGACUCAAGAUCUCCCCACAUGGUGGAUCUUCUUCCAACGUGAAUGGUGUACCUGAAUCACUCCCUUGCCAGAGUCCCGAAGGCUUGAAUGGAAACAAGUUCUCAGGGUCAUCUACCAUUCUUGAGAAGUAUAAAGUGGGGAAGGUGAUUGGUGACGGCAAUUUCGCUGUUGUAAAGGAGUGCGUGGAACGAUCCACAGGAAGGGAGUUUGCCCUGAAGAUCAUAGACAAGGGCAAGUGCUGUGGGAAGGAGCACCUGAUUGAAAACGAAGUGUCUAUUCUGCGCCGAGUGAAGCACCCAAACAUCAUCAUGCUCAUAGAGGAGAUGGACACCCCCACAGAGCUCUACCUGGUGAUGGAGCUGGUCAAGGGAGGAGACUUAUUUGAUGCCAUCACUUCAUCUACAAAAUACACAGAGAGAGAUGGGAGUGCCAUGGUCUACAAUUUAGCCAGUGCUCUCAAAUACCUGCAUGGUCUCAACAUUGUGCACAGAGACAUCAAACCAGAAAAUCUUCUGGUGUGUGAAUAUUCGGAUGGAACCAAGUCUUUGAAGCUUGGAGACUUUGGACUGGCGACGGUGGUCGAAGGCCCUUUGUACACUGUCUGUGGGACACCCACCUAUGUGGCUCCAGAAAUCAUUGCAGAGACAGGGUAUGGCUUAAAGGUGGAUAUUUGGGCUGCAGGUGUGAUCACGUACAUCCUGUUGUGUGGAUUCCCACCUUUUCGCAGUGAAAACAACCUUCAGGAAGACCUCUUUGAUCAGAUACUUGUGGGGAAGCUGGAAUUUCCCUCUCCCUACUGGGAUAACAUCACUGAUUCAGCAAAGGAGCUAAUCAGCCUGAUGCUACAUGUGAAUGCUGAAGCCCGGUACACAGCAGCACAGAUCCUAAGCCAUCCCUGGGUGUCAGAUGAUGCUUCCCAGGAGAAUAAUAUGCAAGCUGAAGUAACAGGUAAACUGAAGCAGCACUUUAAUAACACCCUACCCAAGCAAAAUAACACAUCUGCUGGGGUUUCUGUCAUCAUGAACACAGCUCUAGAUAAAGAGAGUCAGAUUUUCUGCAGCAAGCGCUGUCAGGACUCUGGUAGAGCUGGAAUGGAGAAAAUUUCUGCAAUUGCUGCUGCAGCUGCUGAUCCUCGUGUGGCUGGGUCCGAGCCCCUCCUCCCUGCUGCUCCUGAGCCACUCCGGUCCCCCACGCUGCCUUCUCCUGAGCUUGCUGGGGAUCAGCCUGGUGCCUAGGACUGGGGAAGACAAAUCCAACUGAAGCUCCCCACACUCUGGCCACAGUUUUCUUCAUUUCCUGUGACUGUUUUCAGUUUGUGUGCACCUCUCAUGGCAAGCCCCAGCCGGGUCUGAUCCUCUCUCAACACAGUGGGUGAAUGAACCACAUCUUGGGAACAGCAGUAAGGGAAAGACUCUGGCAAUGUUAGGUGGUUUUUUUAAGUUCUCUGUGUUAAUUAUUAAUUCCAUUUCACACAGCCUUGGGCUCUAAAUAGACUAACUUAUGGUGUAGCUAACCAUAUUUUUAUAUGAGCAGUGAGGUGGGGAACAGUUACCUGGCCUCGCUUCCACCAGCAGGCCCUGUUCUGUUCUUCUGAUGGGAAUUCUCAGAGAAGUGGGAGAGGCAGACAAAGGAAGCAAACUUCUAUUUGCCUUCAAUUCCAAUGCCUCUAUUUUUAGCCAAGUUUCUACUAGACUUGAAGAGGCAAAUUAUCAUGACUUUUUUAGUGGAAUAACUGUAAAAUACCAUGAGACAAACAUUUGGAGAUAGGGAGAGAAGGAUGGUUGUUUUCCAUCAAGUUUGUUAUCUGAUUUGCAGGCAGGGUAGUGUUUAGAUAAUAUGAAUUUAAAUAAAGUAACUUGGGAUGUAAACAUGA